AUGGCUAGGUUGCCUCUCCUUCUGCUGCUCUUCUGGCUCCUGCCUCCAACUUCUGCUAAGAGCACAUCAGUUGUAUCUGCAAAUACUUUCCAGAUUCAGCAAGAGUAUUACAGGCCUGGUGAUCUCAUUAUUGGUGGGAAUUUGCUCCUGGCGAGCUUUCAUUACUCCAACAUCCCAGACUUUAAAAAAGACCCAUCCAGGUUUCCUUAUACGCUGGUGGCCAUCCCCAAGAACUACCAGAAGUUCCUGACCUUGAAGUUUGCAGUCAUAGAGGUCAACAAGGAUCUGGUUCUCCUUCCCAAUAUCACUCUUGGCUUCCACAUCUAUGACAAUCACCAGACUGAAAGGAAUAGUUCUUUAAUCAGCCUCUCCCUGCUCUCCACAAGAGGCCAAAUGGUUCCAGGCUACAAAUGUGGCCGACAGGACACUCUGCUCUCUGUCAUCGGAAGUGGCAACCCAAAAUCCUCAAGGCAGAUGGCCUCCAUCUUCAGCAUCUUCAAGGUGCCACAGCUUAGUGUCAGUUUUGAGUCCUCCGAAGGAGACAGAACAGUUUAUCCUUCUUUCUUCCGGAUUAAUUCCAAGAAAUCCCCUCAAUUUGUCGGUCUAGUUCAGCUGCUCCUGUAUUUCCAGUGGAACUGGGUUGGUCUUCUGGCCUCUGAAGAUGACAGUGGAAAACGUUUCAUCUCAACUCUGAUGCCAAUGCUCAAGGAGAAGGACAUCUGCCUGGCCUUCCCAGAAAUAUUCAAAUCUGGUAUUCCUCUUAUUAAUGUGUUUGGGUUACAUCUUGCUUUCAAGCUUCUGCUUAAAGUUGAAGUGAUUAUUCUGCUUGGAGACUCCAUUACUAUUACAUUGCUUCUUCCAUAUCUGAGGACUGUCCAGUUCAACAAUAAUGCUGGAGAUGAAAUUUCCUUCUCAGAAAAUGGACUGGGAUCUGCUUGUUAUGAUCUUCUCAACUGGGUUUUUCUCCCCAAUCGAUCUUUUGUCCCCAUUAAAGUUGGACAAAUAGAUCCCGGGGCUCUUCCAGGCCAGGAUUUCACCAUUAACUCUGAUGCAAUCAUCUGGGCGACACAGAAGGUGCCCUUUGCCAGGUGUGGCAUGAAGAGGUGCCAGGCAGGAGAGAGGAGAAGAGUUCCAGAGGGCAAGCAGGUUUGCUGCUACCAAUGUGACCCUUGUCCAGAAGGGACCGUUUCUAAUCAGACAGAUGCAGCUCGCUGUGACCCGUGUCCAGAAAACCAGUUUCCUAACAAGGACAAGGAUCAAUGCAUUGCCAAGAUGCUCCACUUCCUUUCCUAUCAAGAGACCCUGGGAUACACUUUAGUUUCUCUAGCUCUUUUACUCUCUGUGAUGACUUCUGCAGUCCUGGCAAUUUUUCUUAAGUUUUGUGACACACCGAUUGUCAAGGCCAACAACCGAGAUCUCACAUACCUCCUCCUGGUCUCCCUCCUGCUCUGCUUCCUCUCCUCCUUCCUCUUCAUUGGUCAACCUGGGAAGCUCACCUGUCUCUUACGACAAACAGCCUUUGCCGUUCUAUUUUCCCUUGCAGUUUCUUCUGUCUUGGCAAAAACUGUCAUGGUGGUUCUGGCCUUCAUGGCUACCAAACCAGGGAACAAGACAAGGAAACUCUUAGGAAAACCACUUACUAACUCCAUUGUUAUCACCUGUCCCCUAGUCCAAGCAGUUCUUUGUGCCAUCUGGCUGACAACUUCUCCCCCAUUUCCCAACAUGGACUUCCACUCCUUGGUAGGAGAAACAAUCUUGGAAUGUAAUGAAGGCGCAACUUUAAUGUUUUACAUUGUCCUUGCCUACCUGGGUUUCCUGGCCCUCAUCAGCUUCACUGUGGCCUUUCUAGCUAGGAAACUGCCUGACAGCUUUAAUGAAGCCAAGUUCAUUACUUUCAGCAUGCUGGUCUUUUUCAGUGUUUGGAUCAGUUUCCUCCCCACCUAUCUGAGCACCAAAGGGAAGUUCAUGGUGGCUGUGGAGAUCUUCUCCAUCUUGGCCUCUGGGGCUGGUCUCUUGGCUUGCAUCUUUUUCCCUAAAAGCUUCAUUAUCCUACUGAGACCCCAUCUUAACUGUAAAGAAAAUAUGAUAAGAAACAAGAAUCUCUAACUAAUGCAAGGAUAGGCCACUUUUAUAUUUGUCUUUGAGAGUUUUCAUUAAAUGGAUAACAUUUCUAAAAAAAAAAAACAUGAAGGAUUUUGCCUAUUUAAUAAUCAUUUAUCAAAUGCUAUGUCUAGUCACAAUGUACCACUUGUCAGCAACAAUUACCCAGCCUUGCAUGGAAAUAAAGCUCGGUAUUAAAGAUAUUGAUCUU